UCUCUCUUUCGGCUUGGGUUUAGUCAAACAAAACGUGACAACAUUGUCACUGUCCUGUCUCCUUCCCAUCCGUAGGCCUGCACGAGGAUCGAGACAGAUGGGUGCUGCGACAGAGCCGACGGUGCCCAGCGCCAUCGCUGCGAGGCAGGCUCUCAAAGACGGAAGCGCGACGGCCAACAAAGCGGCAGCAAAAGCGACAGACAAGGCGACUGUUGCAGGCGGUUGUUUCUGGGGCGUGGAACACAUGUUCCGAAAAUACUACGGCGAUGGCAGGGGACUGAUCGAUGCCAAGUCUGGCUUCAUCGGGGGCAAAGAGUCCAGCAGGAAUCCCAGCUACGAGGAAGUCUGUACCGGCAAGACAGGCCAUGCAGAGGCUACCCAGAUUACAUUCGACCCCACAAAGGUCACAUACGCUGAGCUCGUCGAAUUCUUCUACCGAACCCACGAUCCGACCCAGCUAAAUGCCCAGGGGCACGACCAAGGCACACAAUAUCGCUCCGCCAUUUUUCCUCACGAUGAAAAGCAGCGCUUUGUGGCGCUAAAGGUGACGCAAGAGGUCCAGGAGAAACAUUUUGCGCCCGAGGGACGCAAAAUUGUCACACAAGUCGAGCAAAGACCUGCCGAGGACUUUUUUCUCGCGGAAGAGUACCAUCAGCGCUAUCUCGAAAGGAAUUCACUUGACUUUCAUUGCAGCACGCACAAGCUCUGGUGGUGAAGAUGAUGAGACUCAGAGUUUGACUGUCAGAAGUCACCAAUCAAUCAUCGACUUGC